AUGACAAAGCACGGUCCUUUGCCAGAGCGGCGCUUUGGGGUCAGGUUAUUUGGCUGCCGCGGGAGAGGAGUCGAAGAGGGGAUAUCACCCCGUCCUUCGGGAAAACCCAGGGGGCUAAUUCGAGGUGGGCCGCGCGGGACGGGCUGCAGGGCUCGGCCGGGCCCUCCGCGUCCGCCUCGGGAACGCCCGCAGUCGGAGCCCGCAAGCCCGCGGCCCGCAAGCCCACCCUCCGCGCGGCGCCGGCUGCUCGGGCCGCCAGGGGGCGCCCGGGCCGCGGGUCCGACUCGGGCCCGGGCUCCUCCGCCUGCGCGGCCUCCCGCACUUAGACGCCCAGCUCCACUUCCCGAGGCGGGGAGACGAGCCCUUCUCGGCGGCGGCGAGAGCCCCGCAAGGGCAGCUCCUGGACGCCCGGAGCCUUCGAGGCCCCCGCGCCGCCCUCGGGCACUGACCUCCUCACCCGGGACCGCACUCGCUCCACCGCUGGACGGCGGCACCGAGGCGGGUCCCCGCGUCUAUCCCCUGCUUCCGACGCGAAACCCUCCCCGUAGCCUCAGCAUUCAGCCCCCGCCGCCCAUCGCCAUCGAGCCCCGGAACCCAGACGGCGGCUCCCCACCUGCGGCCGCGGGGCCGAACGCGGCCUGCAGCCCCUCCGUGAAGCCCUUGGCGCGCACUCGCCGUCCCCCGCUCUGCGACCGGCCGAGGCUGGCGGCCCGGCGCGGGUGCUCCCGCAGGAAAACAGGGCUGGGUGUCCCUAGGGUCAUCCGCGCCCACCCCUUUCCGGAGGAGACCCCAGCAGGGCGCGGGCCGAGGGGCAGGGCAGCGAGCGUGGGGGCCCCGUCGCCGCGCAGUGUCAGCCCCGCCCGGCCAGCGAGGGGUCGCCCCCGCCCCGCCGUGACGCGCGGUCCGCCGGCGGGUCCUGAGAGUCCCCUUUCGGUGCAACGCGGCGAUCCUCAGCCGCGGCCGCCGUCUAACCUGCCGUGA